AUGGAAUUUCUUAGAGAUUCUUCGAGGAAGAAGAUAUUUUAUUUCUUCGCUAUGCUUGAAUCGUACUAAUUAUAUUCCACCUCUGUCGAGAUACAUGAUCGUUUAACUCGGCGCUAACCCUUAACGAGCGAUGCUCGACUUUAACGAUCAGGCGAAAAAUCUCUUGUUUUCAAUAUUAAACUGCCGAUUUUUUUAAAGCUACAUCUCAUAAAGAAGGAUUUGUUUCAAGAGCCUUUAACAUCUCUAGACCCCCCUGCGUUCCUACUUUUACUUGAAUCUUACUUUCCUCUUACACAAAGAAAUCUUCCAACCGCAGUAACCCGAAUUCUCCGGCCAAUUCGACAGAUAUCAGCUGACGAUAGGAUCCUACCGUGUUGCAGGUCCGCGCACGAGAAGGGUGAAGAGGUCGGACGGCCGUGGUAAUGGCGGCACCCCCGAGGAGAAGCGGCCGCGGACCGCGUUCAGUGGCGAGCAAUUGGCCAGGCUGAAGAGGGAAUUCGCGGAGAAUCGAUACCUGACCGAACGAAGGAGGCAGCAGCUAUCGAGGGAUCUCGGCCUGAACGAAGCGCAGAUCAAGAUCUGGUUUCAGAACAAGAGGGCGAAGAUCAAGAAGGCCAGCGGCCAGAAGAAUCCGCUGGCCCUCCAGCUGAUGGCCCAGGGUCUUUACAAUCACUCGACGGUGCCACUGACGAAGGAGGAAGAGGAACAAGCGGCCGAACUGCAGGCGAAGUGA